AUGGUUCUAGAAUAUGCAGAAGGUGGAAACUUUAACGAAUAUUUAUGUAAAAAUUACAAUACACUUGAUUGGUUAAAUAGAAUUAUAAUAUUAAUGAAUGUUAUUAAGGGCCUUAAGGAGAUUCAUCAUAAACAGAUGGUCCAUCGUGACUUUCACACGAAGAAUAUAUUGUUUAAGCAUAAGCAUAUAGAAUAUAUCAAUAUAUGCAUUUCUGAUAUGGGACUAUGUGGAGAAGUUGGUGAUAUUGAUGAAACAAAAAUUUAUGGGGUUAUGCCUUAUGUAGCACCGGAAGUGUUAAGAGGGCAACCUUUUACUCAAGCAGCAGAUAUAUAUAGCUUUGGAAUGAUUAUGUAUUUUGUAGCAACCGGAAGACAACCUUUUGCUGAUUAUGCUCAUGACGAAUUUUUUGCAUCGUUAGACAUAUGUUAUGGGAUUAGACCUGAAAUAAAUGAGCCAAAGGCACCAAAAUGUUAUAUUGACUUAAUGAAAAGGUGUUGGGACUCGAACCCAGAGAAUAGGCCAACUGCUAUCGAAAUAGAA